UGUCAAAUUGACAUUGUUGACGUUGUUGACAUUUAUGAUAAGACAGAGCAGCUGAUUGCAGAAACACAAAAACAGGAGUUUUAUUUGAAUUUCAUGAAAAACCGUGAUAUUUUUGAGAAAUGGGGAUUUUUACAUCCUGUUGUAGGCCUUCUGCUUCCGACGUGCUAACGCCUGAUGCUGAGACCAGACGUCGCCAGCAGGCCGAAGCAGCCGAGCGCAGGCAAGCUGAAUCGGUAGCCCGAGGCGUCAAGGACCCGGCCAAGCUGCAGCGAAUGCAGCAGCGAGCUGAGGAGAUGGAGAAACGGGAGCAGGAGUUGCAAAAGGACGGUGGCGCUAAUUUGAGGGUAAGAACGUUUUUGUUUUGUUUCGUUUUAGCCUUCUAUUGCUGGACGAAGUUGUGAGCGGAUGGUGCAACG